UUCCUUUCGUUGUGGUAUUCUAUUGCUGGUUUCGAUCCUUCGUCGUGGAGGUCUUCCGUGCGUUGUUGAGUCGGAACCUGAGGUGGGCGCUAAAAUUGAUGAGACGAAGUCUUGGCGGGAGCAAUGUCACGUGGAAGCGUAUGCCACCACUGCGCGCGGUGGCGCGUGUUUUGCUGCGCGUCUCCAAAUUUCCAAGACAGCUCGUGAAGCCGCAUUCCCCACUCGUCGCGACCCAUCGACUACAACGCCAUGGCGGGCCCUUCAAGACCAUCCGAGAAGAGGCAGGCCUCGCUCACAAGCUUCUUUACCGUCAAUGGACUGAACAGGAAGCCGACCUCGUCACCCGGAGCCAAAGCGGCUCAGGACAAGGACGAGGACAACGAGGAGUCUUCGUUGGCGUCGUUUGCGUCGCCCGCCCGGGAUGCACCGCGAAAGCGGCCUCUACGCGAAACGAAUGACAAUGGGAGCGAAAAAUCGAGCCGUGCAUCAAAACGUGCAAAGUCCAUCCCAGAAAAUGAUGAUACCGAGGAUCUCUCCAACGCAUCCCCGACGUCGCCAUCGUCGCCUCGCCGUGGUUCGAUUGCUAAGAGCUCGAACGCGCCAACCCGGACCGAGCGAUACGCUUAUGAUGCGGAUCAGCCAGUGUUGAAUCCAGCUGGGCGGGCUGACGACGAGGAUGCGGCGGAGAAGCGCAAGAAGGAGGAAUUGCACAGGGCUUUUGUCAAGAAACUCGGGCACCCCGAUAGCUUGUCCCUGUGGCGGAGACGCGAGCUCCAGGGCGAGAGCGGAAGCCCCGGCGUAGAAGGAGAUGACGACGAGGCCGGGGGUGAUGCCGAAGAGGAUGAGCCACCUCCACCGACAAAGGCCAAGAAAAAGGGCGCCAAGACCGGAAAGCUCACGCCUAUGGAGAUCCAGUUUCUCGACAUCAAGAGGAAGCAUAUGGAUACGAUAUUGGUGGUCGAAGUCGGCUACAAGUUUAGAUUCUUUGGCGAAGACGCCCGCAUUGCGGCCAAGGAACUAAGCAUCGUCUGCAUACCGGGCAAGUUCAGAUAUGAUGAGCACCCGUCAGAAGCCCACCUCGACCGCUUCGCCUCGGCCAGCAUACCUGUCCAUCGCCUGAACGUCCAUGUCAAACGCCUUGUUGCCGCCGGGCACAAAGUCGGUGUCGUGCGACAGCUUGAGACGGCAGCGCUCAAAAAAGCAGGCGACAACCGCAACGCGCCGUUUGUCCGUAAGCUCACCAACGUCUACACCAAGGGAACUUACGUCGACGAGACGGGGGAGCUCGACCAACCGACUGAAGGCAGCGGUGCUCCCGCGGGAGGCUAUCUCCUCUGCCUGACGGAAUCGUCGACAAAGGGCUGGGGGGCGGACGAGAAGGUCGAUGUCGGCAUCGUCGCCGUCCAACCGGCGACAGGAGACAUUAUCUACGACGACUUUGAAGACGGCUUCAUGAGGCGAGAGAUCGAGACUCGUCUGCUUCACAUUUCCCCUUGCGAGCUCCUCAUCGUCGGCGAGCUCUCCAAGGCAACCGACAAGCUGGUGGGGCACCUAGCUGGAAGCAGCACGAAUGUCUUCGGCGACAAGACCCGCGUGGAGAGGGUGCCCAAGAGCAAGACGAUGGCCGCCGAGGCGUACUCCCACGUUACGCAAUUCUAUGCCGGCAAAACCAAAGACAACGACGAACGCUCGGCAGCCCUUCUCGACAAAGUGCUGAAGCUGCCAGAGCCAGUCACGAUAUGUCUGUCGGCCAUGAUCACCCACCUGACCGAGUACGGCCUAGAACACAUCUUCGAUCUGACCAAGUAUUUUCAGUCGUUCAGUACACGACAACACAUGUUGAUCACCGGGACUACUCUAGAGAGCUUGGAGGUCUACAGAAAUGCAACGGACCAGUGCGAGAAGGGCAGUCUGUUGUGGGCCCUGGAUAAGACACAAACCCGUCCCGGCCGGAGACUGCUCAGGAAAUGGAUUGGCCGUCCAUUGCUAGACCAGGAGCGGCUGGAGGAGCGUGUUUCGGCGGUCGAGGAGCUGCUCGAGAACCAGUCCACCGCCAAGGUUGACAAGCUCGUCGGCAUGCUCAGCAAAAUCAAGGCUGAUCUCGAGCGAAGCCUCAUCCGCAUCUACUACGGGAAGUGCACCCGGCCGGAACUGCUCUCGACAUUGCAGACACUCCAGCGAAUCGCUAUGGAGUUCUCGAGGGUGAAGGCACCGGCAGACACGGGCUUCCAAUCACGCCUCAUUAGCGAGGCAAUCUGCUCCCUACCGGGUAUCGGGGAUAUCGUCACCUCAUACCUCGACAAGAUCAACGCCGAGGCGGCGCGGAAAGACGACAAGUACACUUUCUUCCGCGACGAGGAAGAGACGGACGAUAUCACGAACCACAAGCUGGGCAUCGCUGCCGUCGAAGCAGACUUGGAUGCGCACCGCAAGGACGCGGCCGCGAAGCUGUCCAAGAAGACGCCCGUUUCCUACGUCACCGUGGCCGGCAUUGAGUACUUGAUCGAGGUCCCCAACGCCGACCUGAAGCGCGUCCCCGCUUCAUGGGCCAAAAUCAGCGGCACAAAGAAGCUGUCUCGCUUCCACACCCCGGAAGUGAUGCGUCUGAUGAACGAGCGCGACCAGCACAAGGAAGCCCUCGCGGCCGCCUGCGACGCAGCGUUUACAGAUCUCCUCAAGUCCAUCGCAGCCGAGUACCAGCCUCUCCGCGACGCAGUCGCCUCACUCGCCACGCUAGACUGCCUCCUCUCCCUCGCCCAGGUAGCCGCACUGCCCGGCUACAGCAAGCCGACCUUCCUCCCCUCCACCAGCCCGCCAACCAUCUCCAUCACCGACGGCCGCCACCCCAUCGCCGAGCACACGCUCCCCGACGGCUACAUCCCCUUCACCACCUCCCUGACCUCCCCGGCGCCCAUCGCGCAGCUGAUCACAGGCCCCAACAUGGGCGGCAAAUCAAGCUACGUGCGCGCCGUGGCGCUGCUCGUCUUGCUCGCCCAGAUCGGCUCCUUCGUGCCGGCGGCCGCCAUGUCCCUGACGCCGACCGACGCCAUCUACACGCGCAUGGGCGCGCGCGACAACCUCUUCGCGGGCGAGAGCACCUUCAUGGUGGAGGUGUCCGAGACGGCCUCCAUCCUGCGCGGCGCGACGCCGCGCUCGCUCGUCAUCCUCGACGAGCUCGGCCGCGGCACGUCGACGCACGACGGCGCCGCCAUCGCGCACGCCGUGCUGGACCACGUCGUGCGCGAGACCCGCUGUCUGACCCUCUUCAUCACCCACUACCAGAGCCUGGCCCGCGUCGCGCAGGGGCUGGGCGAUGGGCGCGUGCGGUGCGUGCACAUGCGGUUCGAGUCCAACAGGCCUUCUGACAAUAAUAAUAAUAAAAAAGAAGGAAAUGGAGGAGAAGGGGAGGUUGGCGACGAGGAAAUCACCUUCCUGUACGAAGUGGCCGAGGGCGUGGCGCACCGGUCGUACGGGCUCAACGUGGCGCGGCUGGCGCGCAUUCCGCGGCGCGUGCUGGACGUGGCGGCGCGCAAGUCGCGCGAGAUGGAGGAGGGCGUCAAGGUUCGUCGGCUUCAGGGUGCGGCCCGGAUGUUGGAGGAUGUUCUGAAGAGUGGUGGAGGAGGAGGAGAGGAGCAGCUGGAGCAUCUAGUGUCGAGCAUCGAGCAGUUGUAGAUGUAUAAGUUCCCUUGGACCAAUGGUGUUGGUGUUCUUGUGUGUCGGUAUUAGCAAUCCGUGUUGAGAUAGCUUAAUAGAGGUCGUAACGGGACGGGGUCAUUACAAAGUUUCGCGGCCAUGUUGGUCAACUAAUCAAAUGACCUGUGAGUGUGUCAACGCGUGCCGUGACGAUA